AUGCCGCGAGUUUUUUUCUCCACAGUCUCGCACUGCUUGAAUAUCAACAUGCCACCAAAGGUUAGUUCUAAGGGAGCCAAGAAAGCCGGCAAGGCAAAGGCCGCACGUGUCGGCGACAAGAAGAAGAAGAGGAGGAGGAAGGAAAGUUACAGCAUCUACAUCUACAAGGUGUUGAAACAGGUGCACCCCGACACUGGUAUCAGCAGCAAAGCUAUGUCCAUCAUGAACAGCUUUGUCAACGAUAUCUUCGAGAGAAUCGCCGCUGAGGCAUCCCGUCUCGCCCAUUACAACAAGCGAUCCACCAUCACCUCUCGGGAGAUCCAGACCGCUGUCCGUCUCCUCCUCCCCGGUGAAUUGGCUAAGCACGCCGUCUCUGAGGGUACCAAGGCCGUCACCAAGUACACCAGCUCUAAGUAGACAGUUCACCUACGGACUUCUACUUACUAUCCAACGGUCCUUUUCAGGACC